UCUAACACUCUUAUUUCACAACUCCUCACCUGCUCUUGUUUGUUUGACUCCUCCUAAUUAACAUAACAAAUCUUUUCUAAAUGCAUGCCCCACAGAGCGCCCUGCUCCACCCAGUCAGUCAAAUGGGGUGAUGGGAGUUUGCUGUGAAACUGAAUUGAAAGUUUCAUCCGAGCUGACGCGUCACACGACUUUACACACUCAGACAGUUGUUGUCAGGGUUCGUGUGGCGGGCCCGGGAUGCGAGCCUCGCAGUAUGUGUGGAAUGUGUGUGAGGGCCACAGUCACAGCCGCCCAGCAGCCCAGGGUUUCUCUUAAUGAUAGGGGUGACUUCUACCCAGCUUGCGCCUGUGAUUACCCAUGAUUCCUCUGUGCUGCGGUUUUCUCCAGUGCGCACAUCCCCAAAAGAGCUGACGGCCUCAUGUUUCUUCCUCUGUGCACCAAAUAUAUCAUGUUGGAUGCCAGCUGUGAGAAAGACAGGAGGCCGUGGACAGGGCCAAACACCAAACACUGCCACUACUUUUUCCCCUCCUUCUCAUCCCGUAUGUGUCCACUCUUCUCGCUCAUCCUGCCCCCUCUAAAACACUCCUAAAACCGCCUCUCUGUUUCUCGAAAACAAAUCAGCUGUAAACGGUCUCCCUUUGAUUUCCUCUUUUUCUAUUAGCCGGGAGAAGUUUCCAAGGAAACUGGUUUCUUUUGUGGUCGGGGUUUUGUCGGGGUCUCAUUGGUCUGCUGGGAACAGAGGAGCACAAAGGCUCAAGAGCUGGCUUUAAAUGGGGGGUGGGAGGUUGUCGGGCUGUGGAGGUGGGAACCAGUUGAGCCUGAGAAUCACUCCCAGUUUCACAUGUGCCUCUCUGUAGGAAUCUCGAGGCUGCGCCCUCUGACCCCGACACUGACGGGGUGGCUCUAGGUCACCGGUCUAAGUUUCCCAUCCCUAACAUCCCCUCCACCCUGGACAAGCAGACUAACUGGUCUAAAGCCCUGCCGCUGCCCACCCCAGAGGAGCGAAUGAAAAGCAGUUCACAAGUCAUCAACUCAUGUGUCAUCCCCAUUAACGUGACCGGGGUUGGCUUUGACAGAGAUGCCAGUGUGCGCUGCUCGCUCGUUCACUCCCAGUCUUUGCUUCAGCGGAGGAGGAAGCUGAGGAGACGGAGGACGGUCGCCGGCAUUCCCAGACAGGUGCAGCAGGAUUUAGAUUCUGAUGACUCUCCAGGUUCCAGAGAGCGGACAGUCAUAGUUCAUGCCAGUCCAGACAUCACGUCCUAUAGCGAGGAGCUGGCCAGCCAUCUCAGCACCAGGGACUCGGGUUGCCAGACAGAAGACUUUCUGAUCUCAGAAGCGCCGUCUCGGAGAAGGAUCAGGGCGCAGAGAGCCCAGGGGGUUUCCCUCUCCCUGUCUUACUCUGCAGGCAACAUCUCCUCCCUGCCGGACAGCAUCGACACCAUGUUCGCCGCCUCGGUGGGCGCACACCUGCGCACCAGGAGUUUGCCCCGAGACACGAGCCGGAUGAUGGAUAACGGGCAAAAUGACAGUGACGACGAGGAAGAGGACCUCUGUCCCUUUGACGCCGAGGACUUCCUUCCCGGACCCGGGAAGUUGCUUCUGAAGGAUGAAGGAGAGAGCACAGACGACCAGGCUAUUUCCGAACACCAGCUGGGCCUCAAGUAUAAGCAGCUCUCUGAGAGUCCAGAGCGCAGCUGGAUGGAGAGGACCAGAUCCCAGCUGCCAAGGAAGGCCGACAUGGGCAGCUGUGAGAUCUCCUCCAGCUCAGACACCUUCAGCAGCCCUGUGCACUGUGUCUCAGCCGCCGGGGUGCUGGCCGGCCAGAUGGACCAUAAGGACGACCACCAGUCUUCUAGCGGCAACUGGAGCGGGAGCAGCUCCACCUGCCCCUCGCAGACCUCAGAGACGAUCCCCCCUGCGGCCUCUCCACCGCUGACCGGCUCCUCGCACUGUGACUCUGAGCUCUCCCUCAACGCCGCCACUCACACCAGCGACGACCCGAGCGGCUUCAUGCUGGACCACUACCAGGGCCUCAGGACCCAGCGGGCGGGCUCCUUCUCCUCCACAGCGAUGGACAUAUUGGAGGAGGCAGGGGUCAGCACGCCCGUCGAGCAGGAGUGGAGCUACCCCCACCCCGAGCCUCUGCGCCCGCAUGACUUCAGCCCCGAGCCGAGCAGAGAAGCCGAGAGCAGCCUGGGCUGCCCGAGCUUCACCAGCAUGGCCACAUGUGAGAGCAGCUUCUCUGACAAGCCGCCGUCAGAAAAGGCGGACACCGUGUCGCACUACUCUGUAGACACUGAAGGGUACUACACCUCCAUGCACUUUGACUGUGGUCUGAACGGCAGCAAAAGCUUCACGUACAACUACGCAGCCUCGGGCUCCGAUUGUGGCCUGUCCGACUUGAGUGGUCACAUGACUCUGGGGAGGCGCUGCCUCUCUUUGAGAAAACCAAAGGCCAGGCCGUCUCCCCCCAAGAGGAGUUCGUCCUUAAGGAAAAUCUGCAGUGAGGGGAACAUCUCUGACAAGAAGGAACCAAAGAUUACAUGUGGGCAGCAACCUCCACUGUCUUCCAAGGAGAGGAGACUGCAGCUGGUUUUGUCUGGCUCUCCGAGGCGCAUAGAAAGAGAGCCCCUGGUGGUCUGGGGGGUGGAGGACUCAGCAGAUCUACCCGACUUGGGUAUUUUCAGCUCCACAGAUGCACACUCGUUUAAGGACGAUGGGGUUGUGCAGUCCGACUACGCAGAUCUGUGGCUGCUGAAUGAUUUAAAAUCCAGCGACCCGUACCGAUCCUUGUCGAACUCCAGCACGGCCACAGGUACGACCGUCAUCGAAUGCAUCAAGUCGCAGGAGAGCUCCGAGUCUCAGACAUCCCAGUCUGGCUCCCGAGCCACCACUCCCUCACUUCCGUCGGCCGAGAGCGAGUUUAAGCUCACCUCUCCAGAGAAGUUGGCGGGCCUGGCCAGCCCAUCCAGCGGCUACUCCAGUCAGUCGGAAACCCCCACCUCCUCAUUCCCCUCCGCCUUCUUCCCCGGGCCACUGUCUCCAUCCAGCGGCAAGAGGAAGCCCAAAGUCCCCGAGAGGAAGUCGUCCCUCUCAUCACUGUCCUGCAGGGACGGAGCCACCUCCAAGACUGACCUGGAGCUGCCCAUAAUCCCCCCCACCCACCUCGACCUAAGUGCCCUUCACGGUGUCAACAAGGCCUCGGCUUACAGGACCCAGAUUCAAAUCCUUCACCAAAACAAACACAAAGCCGCGGCGCCGGCCAAAGCUGCCGCGCCCACCAUCUCGGAGGUGUUUAAUGCCCGCCCCAUGUCCAUCACACCCACGGUGCUGCACUCGGUGCAGCUGCGAUCCUUCAGUAAAGACGCCGAGGGGAGUCAUGAAGACAAGACAGCUUCCAGACUGAAGUGUCCCACCGUGGACCUAAAAAGCACACUUUCAUGUAGUAAAUCGUUAGAGCUGAAGAGUCCGCUGUUGCACAACUAUAAUCACCUUCACACAACCUCACAGGAGUGGUUAAGGUCGCCGUUCACCUCGGACGAAGAGCUUGCGUGUGGAGAAGCAGCAUGCGAGAGUGAGACGAGGGACAAGCAGGACAGGGAGGCUCCUCCAGAGAGUGCGACAUCGUGCAGGCCGACGCCAGAGCCGUCGUCCGACACCCGCGACGCGACCACAGCCAAGGAAGCAGAGACGCGCAGGGAGUCGGCAGAAGCAGCCGUCUGCUCUGUGGACUGCAGCUCGCAGCCGGAGCCCUCACAACCGCCAAGAGUUGAGCCCAUCGAAGAACAGAUGUGUUCCGCUCCCCCCGCCCUGCACGGCUCACCCAGGAGACCCGACAUUCUCGACCAAGUGCCUGCUACUGACAGUCAACCCCAGUUGUUGCAAGUGACUCCAAUCGGCAGUGAAGAUUGCAAAGAAGAGGGAUACGAGUCGUCGGGUGUAUCCACCGAAAGUGCCUCUCCAGGCGGGAAGGACAAGUCCGCACCAGAGACGGAGGAUUACUUUACAAAAGAUUCUACACCCUGUGACAACGCAGCGUCCCCGCUGAGUGACGAGUCGAGGCCGGUGGACGAGGUCUUUCUGUCGCCCACCAAAACUCGCACCACUGAGGAUCUGUUUGCUAUGAUCCACAGGUCCAAAAGGAAAGUGCUGGGUCGGAAGGACUCCGCCGAGUUAGGUGCGAGAAACCGUCUCAAUGCUGCACCGGGGAGCACGCCACCCAGCAGCGCCGUCAGCAGCGCCGUCAGCAGCGCCGUCAGCAGCGCCGUCAGCAGCGCCGUCAGCUCCCCGGUCAGCUCCCCGGUCAGCUCCCAGGUCUCGGUGUUGUCGCCCUCCCCCGCUGCGACCCCGCCGGGCCUACAUAGAGUCUCUGGGCCCAUCUACAGGAACGCCAAGAAGUCCAGCACCUCCAACGAGGAGUUCAAACUGCUGCUGCUUAAGAAAGGCAGCCGCUCAGACUCUAGUUACCGCAUGUCCGCUACAGAGAUCCUCAAGAGCCCCAUUGCUCCGAAAUCUCCCGGAGACUCUCUGACGGAGUCGCCCCGACAGCCCGAUGAGCUGGGCUCCCCCCUGCAGCCACAGCAGCAAAGUUCAGGACCAGAUCAGCUCUCCAGCCCCUACCCCAGAGCCAACGCCGAGGGCUUCUCUCCCAAAUCCUUCCCCACGUCUGCUGCUUCCAGGCAGGGCCGCCCCAGGAUUCCCCCGCCUGCCACCAGCAGCCGCUACGGCAUGCGCGGCAGACUCUUCUCGGCGCCCAUGCAGGCCAUUUCUGAGGGCGAGACGGAGAACUCUGACGGAAGUCCCCACGACGACCGCUCGUCACAGGGCUCCACGUAGAAAACACCAGUUUAAAUGUCAAAAAGGUAUGAGAUUAUUUUUUUAGUUUACAGAUGAAACAAAUGGACCAGAGUGAGUUAUAAUAGAAUGUUAUAAUAGAAUAUACAUAUAUAAAAGAUGUGAUGAGCAUCAUUUGGUAAAUAGAACACUAGGGGAACACCGUGCUAUAAAUAAUAAUAAUAAUCAUAAAUGAACUGAGUUUUAUAGCUGUUUCCUAUAUGUGUUUGUGGAUAUUUUAAAUCAGUGUUUAGCUGUGUUCAAAAACAUUUUAUACAGUUUAUAUAUUUCCAGGAAAAAAAAAACACUUCAUUGAAUGAAUAUUUAAAAUAACAAUUGUGGCACCGACUUAUUUAACAUCUGCGUUUUGUAGAAAAAAUUAUUCAUGAAAAAUAAUUAAUAGGCUAAACGCUAUACCAGUUCAGUCCCACAGAAAAACAGUUGUUUGGUGAGUGUCACACUUUGCCCAAAGCCAUAUCUGACACAAGUGACUCCCCUCUAUCAGCCCGAAUAUCAAACAAGUAUGUUCAUGUUUCAUCGACUGUUUCAAAUUGACAGUUUUUUUAAAAUCGAUAUCUUGUAAAAAAAACAUGUAUUCUAUGAAUACCUAUGCAAUUAGACAUUUCCUUACACCAGUUAUACCAAAAUGAUUUUGAUACCUACAACUGAACAUCAGGACAAACACAAGCAGCACAGUGCAUCUGUUCAAAUGUGUUUGUACACUUCCCUCAGUCCUUUUUAAGAGUGUAUAGUGAAAUUACAUGUUUUUCUUCAAACGUAAGUACAUAUUAAAAAAUUCUAAUGCAAUAACACGAGUAACUAGAGGCAAGACAGUAAGAAGUCGGAGCCAGGCACUAAGUCGACAAUCCGGUGGAGGGAGCGCAGGUGUUGACAUGGGAGAGGAACAAGUUAACAAUAAAGUUUUAGGAGGUGAAACAGAUGAGCUGCUGGAGAGAAAAAAAGGAGGUCGUACAUUUUAAAGAAGAAUCACGUAACAGGGGUCAUUUUUGUGGUUUUCUGACUGAAUUGUUGAAAAGAGGCAAAUGGAAAGUGUUUAGGAGGAUUAUUAAAAAUAUACAAAUGUAGACAAUAAGUGACAAAGCAGCUUCGGGCCUCAGAAAGAUGAGCGUAUUUGUGAGAUUCGUGAUGGCGGAUGAACAUGUAGGGUCAAAUUUGGAGCUAGGUGAAGAGUAGAAGAGUAGAGUUCCUGAUUUGUGAGAUUUGGCAUUUGCUGCUAUUUUGUACCAGACGUUGGUCUAUUUUAUUCCCUGUCAAAAAUAUAACUUUCUGUGUGAACAAUCCCAACGUAAUUUAUUUUUUAUAACUGAUGCAGAAAAAAUCUCCGCACACUCCCCGAGUUUGGUUUACACCCUGAAGUAUCCCGAAUCUGAAAAUCUUUUAACGGAAGUAUGCAAAUGAAUUGCUGUUAUUAUUAUUUUUAAACAUAUUUUAUUCAAAUACUUAUUUUGUUUACGAGAGACAAAUUUCUAAAUCUUAUUUGAGACACUGGUUUGCAGAGACAAAUAUGAAAGCAACUCAUUAAAUGUCAUGGAAAGACAAUAUUAACAGUUAUAAGCUAGAAGGGGGGUUAGCGGCAGCUGUUUUUUGUUUUUUUUGGUCCCGCAUAUUCAAAACACAUUUUUAAAGGUAAAUGGUGUUUAUUGCAGCGAUGGUACUCACCCAUUAUGCAAAGCUGAUUGAGCCUAUGUAGCCAUAUUCACAUAUGGAACUGACUGUUCUUCACUGUUGGUACACUGUAUGACGUAUCAACUUAGUUUUGGCCCUAAUAAUCAUACUCCACUCUGAGGCAGUCACAUGCAUGUUUAACAGGGUACACUAUGGGUUAUGUCUGUGAACUUCAUUCCAACUUUUUAAAUUUUUUUUGCACUGAUAAAGUGAUGUUUGAUUUGUCUCUCGCUGUACCUGGACAUAUUUAUAGACGUGUACAUGGAGCUGUUUGACUUUGCUUUGAAUGAUAUCCACACUUUAUGAGUACAGUAGAUGCUUCUGCCAAAGGCUCGAACGUGUACGUGUUAGUGGCAUUAAACCGUUUCUCAUCGUCUCGUUUACUUGACUCAAAACGUUCUUGAAAAAAACACAAACCGAUACUAAAGAAGAAUUGGAGUUAUAACUUAUACGGUACUAGAUGCAUUUCAUUUUAGAUCAACAUCUAUAUAGUCUGAUGUGAGUAUCAGCUUUGUAUUUUUUUGUACAAAAAAACAUUGUAAAUAUGAUGACUUUUGGAUCUGUCACAAGGGUCGUACAAUUGUUUCUUAUGUAAAAACAAUAAAAAAAAAUGUUUUCAAAGUUUACAUUGAUUACAAACCUUUGUAUAUUUUUGAGCUGUGGAACACUUUGUCUUGUAUUUAUUUUUUAGUGAGCAUCGUGGAAACCCAAUAGUAAAUCCUACAACGGGCCGCCGAGCAAAUGUCUAUAAAAAUAAAAAUAAAUGUGACUGCUUUGAAAAUGA